GCGACGCGCGUGUUCUCCGGUCCAAGCUUCGGGUUCGGGCCUCGGGCUUAUGAUCUCUCUGUCCCACGGCAAGUUGCGGGACAACUUCCUCCCCCCUACCCCGCGCCAACACCGUAUUACAACUUUAGUUUUAUCGGAGUCGUUGCGUACCAAGCACGCUACUCGUUUACGAUACCCUUUUGUUCUGCUACACUUAUAUCGAUUGUGAAAACGAAAGUUUUGCAAAUAUUGACAAUAUAGUGAAUGGGCCGAGGUCAACUAGUGGUAAACCGAAGAACUUGAACUUAAAAGCAGUGUGUUUUUGUCAGUCUCGAGCGCUCUACUGAGGAAGUUCUUCCGUGAUUUAUGAAAAAGCUUGGGAUAACGGAGCUUUUAUUAUCCGCUGUGCGGUGACUCAUCGAGUGCAAUGUGAUUUGUGUACGAGAAAUGAUGGACGUAGUGAGUGAGUCUAGCAAGUGGCGUGGAGGGUUCCUCUCCACAAUAAACAGAAGUUUUCGCCUCAAAAAGUUAAAUUCUCCGGUAGAAAACAAGACCAUUGAAAUGCCUACGGGUCUCAAUUCAUCCACUGAAGCUUCAAGCAUGCGUCCCCUGGAGAUCGUAGCUCCAAGAAUAGACACAUAUCGGUUCUCCAUGGCCAACCUUGAAGAGACCCAAGAUGCUGAUCUGGAUGCCAUCCUUGGGGAGCUAUGUGCGUUAGACUCGGAGUACGAUGAGGAACUGUCCAGGGUAUCUGCAGAUUUCUCAACGACUUCGAAAGACCGAGUGGACGGAGAAGUUCCCCAGCGACAGGACAUCAAGGAGACAGAUGGUGCCUCGCACAUAACAAGGACGGACUCCCCUGACAACGACUCCGCCUUUAGUGACACGGUUUCAAUGCUCUCGAGCGAGUCGUCGGCUUCUAGCAGUGCCAGUUCGAAAUGCAAGCCUAUGAAACUAACGCUUCAUCCCAAUCAAAAGGGUACCCUUUAUCAACAGAAGGCUGAUAAAAUAAAAAUGGCCUUGGAGCGAAUGAGAGAGGCGAACGUCAAGAAACUUUUCAUAAAGGCCUUCUCAACUGACGGAUCGUCGAAGAGCCUUCUGGUUGACGAGAAAAUGACGUGUGGCUACGUCACCAGGUUGCUCGCUGAUAAAAACCACGUGACCAUGGAACCUAAGUACGCGAUCGUUGAGCAGCUCCCAGAUUUACACAUGGAACGUGUGUACGAAGACCACGAAAUGUUGGUGGACAACCUAAUGCUAUGGACCAGAGAGUCGAAGAACAAAAUACUAUUCGCAGAGCGACCAGAGAAAAAUUUACUUUUUCAAACACCAGAAAAGUUCCUACUUAGCGAAGAUGACCGAGGUUGGUCCAGCGACCACGACGAUAACUUACGACAAGUCAUCAUCGACGAUUUCUUUGGCCAAAGCAGCACAACUCCAUCAAUUUCGGGACACACUGUACCACCCAUGGAAGGCUUUCUCUAUCUGAAAAGUGACGUUAAAAAGGGAUGGAAGAAGUACUACUUCGUACUAAGACCUUCUGGCCUAUACUAUGUGCCGAAAGACAAGGUGAAAACGUUGAAGGAGCUGGUGUGUCUGACGACAUUUGACAACAACGAAGUGUACGUUGGUGUUAAUUGGAAGAAGAAGUAUAAAUCGCCAACUGACUAUUGCUUCGCGAUCAAGCAUCCGAGACUGCAGCAACCGAAGAGUGUGAAAUUCAUUAAGUUCCUCUGCGCUGAUGACCAGCAGACAUUGGAUAGGUGGAUUACAGCGAUGAGAAUAGCUAAACAUGGAAGACAGCUGCUGGAAAACUAUAGAUUGUUGGUAGAAGAGCUCACUCAAGAAGACUUAGAUCACUUGGCCCAUGCGCGUUCUUGCUCUAUCUCCUCAAUACCAACUAAAACCAGCAACCCACCGAUAGUAACCAAUCCAGUGCAGGCAACAUCCAGCAAUGCGAGUGUUGCCAAUUCCGAUAUUAGUAGUGGAAGACAUUCCCGCGCCUCGUCAUCUAGCUCGAGCGGUUGUCUAUCAGAUGGAGGCACAGCGUCUGAGAGUGCUUUUGAUUGCGAGUUUCCUAUGGGUACAAUCAAACGCAAGCCAUCGAUGAAACCGAACAUUCCCUUGACCUGGAUGACACGGCAACUUAAAGAAAUGGCUGAAAAAGACGAAAGUGAGGGAGGUGACACCAGUACCCUGACCCGAAGACCUCGCCAGAGGGAUGAUACCCUUAAACGGCACGCAGGUGAGAGCUGGUGCAAACCUGAAAACGAACCAGGGGAUUGUAGCACUCUCACCAGAAGGCCUAGACAUUCUUUAGAUACCUCCGAAAGUGCAGUCUACAGUAGCAGUAGCAUGACGUCAUCUAGUCCCGUCCAUGAAUCGUACGGCAUUUAUGAAACCAUUCCUCGUGACACCUACCGCGCUAGUGUUGACACCGCUUCAUCGCUUUACGGAUACACCAUUUAUGAUAAAAGUCAAGUAGAAGAGUUCCCUCCGCCUCCCCCAGAAGACACCACAGUAAUGUUCAGCUCCACACUCAGUCUUGAUUCGUUACCACCGCCACCACCACCCCCACCUGCUGAAUCAGUCGAAGACAUUUCCGGGUCCCAACUAAGCCUACCCCCGCCUCCACCAGAAAUAGAAAAUGCCGGUAGAGUACAAGACAUCGUGACACAACUCACUGCUCAGCAGAUAGAACAAACAGCACCUAAGCGAUGCAGCAAAACCUUCCCAAGGCAGCCGUCAUUGGACAGCGUCAAUUCCGAGACUUCGAAGUCAUCCCUACAUUCCGACAAGAGUCUAAGACAAAACGCGUACGGCGCUUGCUUAGUCGAACUACAGACCAAAAAGCUAAGUAACGGCAGCUCAUCGUUACAAAAGAAGUUAGAACCAGGAAAAGAGCGGUCAAGCUCCAUGAAAAAAGUCAACUUUGCUGAUGAUCUUCCAAGCGACAAGAAGAAUAAAAAGAUAACUUUCAAUUUAACAGAGGCUCCGCCGUCACCCAGAAAACCUUUACCGCCUCGUCGAAAUGAAAGCACCAGAUUAUCGUCUCCAAAGAAAUUAGCAGAUUCGAACAGUAACCCACCCACAGAUUUCCUUAAAGAUUUACAAAGAGUGAUGAGAAAGAAAUGGCAAGUUGCGCAGAAGUGUAAAUUGGAGCCGACGACUACGCCACACGAAGUACUUGGAUUCAGAGAGUAUCCGCUAUCAGACGACUAUAAGGAGACGAGUGUGUCCAUGUGGGUUCAAGAGCACUACGGGGCUGGAUCUGUGGAAGAUCCGUUUUACGAAAACGUGUAUGGAAGGGAAACGAUGCCCGUGAGACGCGAGGAGCCAAAGCCGAUAAAGAAGAGACCCCCUCCAGCCCCUCCUAAACGAAGUGACUCUACGCAUUUAACCACACAACCAGGUGUUCACCUUCCCCACACUCUGCCCACUUCCAACGCUCCCCCGCAUCACGUUCAACCGACCGCUUGAUUUUUUGACUUUUCGCUCGCUUGUUGCUGGACGAAAGGGGACCGCAAAAUAACUGACUUUUAGCGAGCGAAAGUGUAGUGUUAGUGUAGUGAUCUGCUCUCUAGUGUUCUCGGCGAGGCUUUGAACUAUAACAGUCUGCGAGCAACAUUGAUUAGCCAACGCAUAAUCAUUCAAUUUGAGAGUGGUUUAAGGAUGGAUGUACGGCCGGCGGCAAAAAUGUUUGUGUAAAUAGUGAACUGAUGAAUUUUAUCUUCAGAAUUUUACAGUGUUUUUUAAGGAUUUUUUAAUAAUUUUUUACAAGAUGCAUGAACUAGGCCAUUUGAGCCCUCGUAUACUUUUUGUACACUUUCUAGGAAAUUUAAGGCCGAUAGGAACCAAAUGUUUUAGGAAACCUUAUUGAUAUUAAAAUUUUUGUAGCCGACUGUACUAAGGGAUACGACCAAUGGUUAAUUAGGUUAUGGAUAAAAUUGAAUGACGGUGCUAUUGUGAAAAGUAUACUAAUGUAGGUGAAUGUACUUGUGACCGCAAGGUUUUACCAAAUAUAAUUAUAUACCGCUUGCUUCUAGGCUAAGAUACAAGUAUCUUCUAUUUAUUGGAAUUCAUUUAUGUUCCUAGUAGUUGCUCUGUCCGAGUAAUUAAUUUUUCAAUUUCUACAUAUCUUGUUCCGAUCUUCGAAUGUACUAUACGACCUACUCUACCUAUUCACUGUCACUUUUGACAGAUUUUGUGAAUGACAAAUGGUCACUUGACAGAUGAAAAUCUGUCAAGUGGCAAAAUGUGUAGUAAUUGAGUAUAUUAGCUAUAUUAAACCCCCGUGUACACGUGAAAUACCCCAUGUAUAUAAACUUUUUGCCAAGGACCAUUAUUUGCGCCGGCGCAUUGCUGAUCUCACUCCGAUUUUUUUGUGGCUGUGACGAACACAUGGCGAAUUGAUUUCUGUGACUGUACCGUGAAAUAUAGGUAGCUGGGGUUUGAUUCCAUUGUAAAAUAUAUAUAAAUAUAAUUCUGAAAAAAAUACUAUCUAUAAAUUAAAAUGGUAGCUAAUUAUCUAUAUGUUAUUUUUAUGAUAUUUUAGAAUGGAAAAGUCUCAAAAUCAUAGCCGACAUUUUGAAUCAUUUAAUGCGAUACAAUUUUACAAACUCCAUUUCUUAAACAGACAUUUAUGAAUGUUUGAACAUCGAAUCAUAUCCCAGUCACCAAAGCUUCGUAGAUUUGAUUUAUGAUUUCAAAAUUAGGAUAAAAGUGUGAGGCUUUGUAGGAAAAUAUUCAACUUGUUGGUUAUUUAAAAUUUACCUUAGUAUAUAAUCUCGAGUAGUUGAAAUUUUAUGCAAAUAAAUGUUUAUAAUUUAAGACACGGAAUUUCGUUUUUUUUAAAUUAAAGUUGAUACCUCCGUAAUUUACUGUUAUAUUCAUAUAUAUAUAACAGAUUCAAAGAUCAAUUGUGGACGCCCCACAGGUCUUUCAAUUUGAGCAUUCCACUCAUGGACUGACAUUAUUUAGAUUAUUCGUAACUACGAAAACUCACCCAUCCAAUUCUCCUUUUGGGACGUAAGACUGAAUACAUGUUCCGGGAUUUUGACAAUAACUUUGCGUCCAAAAUUACUUGACAAGUAGCAUUACUGCCUAAACAUCGCCUCUCAACUUAACUAACAUAUAAACUUAAUGUAUAGAAAUAAUUCUGCUAAAACAGUUAAGCAUUCUUUAUAAGUAGAAUUUAAACACUUAAAGACUAACAAGAUCAAUAGGAGUUUAUCUAUGGUGUGUAUAAAAUAAACACUGAUCGGGUCACUACUACAAUUAUUCUGGAUGUGUAUGUACACUUUAAUUCGGUAUUAAAAAGAGAAAUGGACAUAAAGCAAAAAACUACGUUUCGUAAACCAUUUUUAUCGUAUUUAUCGUAAAUAAGAUUUGAUGCCAUUGUAUUUGUUCAUAGCUCUUUUGUAAAACCAAAGAGUUUUCAUAACUGUUCUAUUUUAUUCAUGCAUGUAUUCUUAUACUGUGGUUAAAUUAUUUAGAAUGUAAAUUAAGAUAUAAUAUAGGACCAUCCGUGCAUAUUUAUCUUGAACCCAUUCUUGUGAUUGAUGUGAAGAGACGCCAAGAGGAAUUGGAAUAAUUAUGCUUCAAUAUUACUAAGAUAACAGACGCAUGCAGUGUACUUUUAGAAUAUUGUAAAUGUUUUAAUUUCCUGUUUUGAUAUAUUAAGUUAUAUGUAUUCAAUUGCGGUUGGGUGCGUGCUAACCAGAGAUGUUCAGGCCUUAAUCUAAAUAAAUCCAAGUAUCAUACAUCAUCCAUUACAUAACACCUGAGAAACGAUUGUAAAGUGUCGAUAUGUAAAGAUGAAAACAAACUAUGACAUACUGAGUUCGUAAUUUAAUGAAUUUUACCUUUAACAAUAUUUAUCAAAAACAUUUGGAAGACUGGUAUUAUCUUUUUUUCUGCAAUGUAUCUCAUUUCUUUUCAUAUAAUAUUAUGCAUGCCGCAAGCUUAGUUGACUCGGGAAAGAUUCCUUGGAUUGUCACCCGCGGGUCAGGUAAGUGUGCGGCGUGUACUGAUGUCAGAUGACGUCCAAGUCAUGAGCCCUCCAAAAGUUGUAUCCUUGACGGCUAUCGUAUCGUAUAAAGUGAUUUGCGUGUAAUUUUAAGUAUCGUAAAACGCAUUUAAUAUGUUUAAACUGUACAGAACAAACUAAUUGUAAUAUUAUUAAUUAUUUUUUCAAAUAUAACGAAAUUCCGAUAUAAAUGUA